AUGGAAUUAUUAAAUAAUGAGGAACGAGAACUGUUGGCCAAAUACAAUAGAUACUUGACAAAGGACAAAACCUAAGAACCACUUAAAUACUCAGACAUCUUUUUAGGCAAACAUGAUUUAAAAGACAUGCCUUAACAGACCAAAGAAAAAUAAAUUCAAAAUUCAAAAUUACAAAUCAAAUCUUCAUCUGCCAAUAAGCGUGAUUAGUUUAAGAGUAUAAUUAAUGAAUUGAACAAUGUAUGCGAUUUCUUUCAUUGUUAGGUUCAAAAUAGAUAAUUGGACAAUAUUUUUAAGAGCAGUUCUGUUUGUGAGGAAAGUCAGAGAGAGAAACAAAUUAAUUAAUCUGAAAAGUAAAUUAUCAAUGAAAACCCACAACAAAAAACAAAUAAGAAUUCAGACAGACCAGAAAAAUAGACAAAAUAAUAGAAAUCGUUGCCGAAAGAGUAAAUACAAAAGAAACAAGACAAGAAACCAAAAUAAAAUGCCAGAGUAUCGAGUUCAUAGUCUACUAUUGAAAUUUAAUAGCAAUUUAAUGAGUAUGAUAAUAAUCCUUAGAUUUUAGGAAAUUAUUAUAAUAACUCAAUAAAUUGAUCUAGUUGAAGAAAAUAGAUAACAAAUUUUUUUUCAAUUUAAUUUCUAAGCAUGUUAAUGAAUGCCCUUCCUUUGGCAAAAGAAUAAAAGAAGAAAUUAAGGAAAUAUUAAAUUAAUUAUUAUGA